CCAAGAUGGCGGUGCAGGAAUCAGCUGCUCAGCUCUCAAUGACUUUGAAGGUGCAGGAGUAUCCCACUCUCAAGGUGUUAUAAGCUAACACAAUUGAGGAGAGGAAGCACAUCAUUUUUCUGACCCUUGAAAGGAGAGCAUAGUUCUGUAAUGGUUCCCCCCACCUAAUCUGGUGCCAUAUGAAACACUGAACAAACGGUUUCGAGCUGCACAGAAAAACAUUGAUCGAGAGACUAGCCACGUUACAAUGGUUGUGGCAGAGCUGGAGAAGACGCUGAGCAGUUGUCCUGCUGUGGAUUCAGUCGUUAGUCUCCUGGAUGGAGUAGUUGAAAAACUCAGUGUUCUGAAACGGAAGGCAGUUGAAUCAAUCCAGGCUGAAGAUGAAAGUGCGAAACUCUGCAAACGUAGGAUUGAACAUCUGAAAGAGCAUAGUAGUGACCAGCCAGCUGCUGCAAACAUGUGGAAGAAGAAACGUAUGGAUCGUAUGAUGGUGGAACAUCUUUUACGCUGUGGCUACUACAAUACAGCUGUAAAACUAGCAAGACAAAGUGGUAUUGAGGACUUGGUAAAUAUUGAGAUGUUUUUGACUGCUAAAGAAGUGGAAGAGUCAUUGGAAAGACAAGAGACUAUGACUUGCUUGGCUUGGUGUCAUGAUAACAAAUCCAGGCUCAGAAAAAUGAAGGGGCGCCAAAAUGAGAAUGAACCGAAGAUGGGACGCAAAAGUAAAUCGGCCAGUGAUUACUCUAAAGAAAAUGAUGAUCUUGUUAUGGAAACCAUUAAAGGAAAACCAGAAUUGAGCUGUCUGGAGUUCAGCCUAAGGAUUCAGGAGUUCAUUGAACUCAUUCGACAGAACAAGAGGCUGGAUGCUGUGAGACAUGCAAGAAAGCAUUUCAGUCAGGCUGAGGGAAGCCAGCUGGAUGAGGUUCGACAAGUGAUGGGAAUGUUGGCCUUUCCUUCAGACACUCAUAUCUCCCCCUAUAAGGAUCUCUUGGACCCUGCUCGAUGGAGAAUGCUGAUCCAACAGUUUAGAUAUGAUAACUACAGACUACAUCAGCUGGGAAACAAUUCUGUUUUUACUAUAACACUCCAGGCAGGCCUUUCAGCUAUAAAAACACCACAGUGUUAUAAAGAGGAUGGGAGCUCAAAAAACCCAGACUGCCCUGUGUGUAGCAAAUCCCUGAACAAGCUGGCUCAGCCUCUGCCUAUGGCACAUUGUGCCAACUCCCGACUAGUCUGCAAGAUUUCGGGGGAUGUAAUGAACGAAAAUAAUCCUCCUAUGAUGUUACCAAAUGGAUAUGUCUAUGGAUACAAUUCUCUGCUUUCUAUUCGUCAAGAUGACAAAGUAAUUUGCCCAAGAACCAAAGAAGUCUUCAACUUCUCACAAGCUGAGAAAGUCUACAUCAUGUAGGUCCAUAAAACACAUGAUGAAGUGCCGCUGGAAUUUUGACACAGUGUAUAUUGGCAUACCCUGUACAGGGGGGGGCCUUAAUGUGUGGCAAAGAAGCAAAACCUGCCACCUUGGGGAUCAGACCUGUCGGUGGCAUUAUUGUUUCUUGCGACCAAAGAUCAAUGAGCAACAAUAAACACUCUUUAAAGAAAAAAAAAAAAGAGAGAGGAAUUAUGACUUAAGUUUGUACUUGAAUAAAAACAAAAACAAAUUUUGAUUGUUAAGGUUUUGUAACAUAAGGUCAAAAAUUGGACUCUUCUCAAAAGUACUUUCAUCUUCUAAAGGAUAACUUUCUUUAAAGAUGGACACUUGCACUGAGGGAAAAGUUACAACAGAUUUGAAAUUAAAUCCAUUUUUCUUCCCUCUUUUUCACAAUUGUCCAAGACCCUUUUGUUAUCAAAGAUUUCAGUACUACCAGUGUGUUCUCCUUUAAGCUCCUCUUUGCCUUCUUUAUGAUCCUCUCUUGAAGUAAUCCUGAACAUGAAUUAUGUAACUUAUUUCCAUGGGAAGAUACUGAUGUCUUUGACACAAGACUGGCUUCUCUGGAGGAUCAACUAGGGACUGGUUUGAAGGAGUAUGAAGUCUUUUUCCAAACCCAAAUAUUUUAAGGAGGUUGCAUAAGUAUCAAGAGGAACUGGGAACAUUUCAGGCAAAAUCCAAUGCUUGUUUAAAUGUUCUUUUUCCAGUCUACCAUAGUGUUAAAGUCCUUCUAAAGUUAUUAGUUAUGUGCAUAGGGUUCAAUAUGAAAUCAUUAGUGCUACUGCCUUAUUUCUUGCUUUGAGAAUGUACUCACAUGAAAAUGAGCUGGUAUUCUUAAGUGUUGGGCAAAGUUUCUGAAGAUGCCUUGCAGGAUGAUUACAUAAUUUUAGGGUCUAAAUAGUACUCAUUACUGAAACUAAUAGUUCAAUUUUAACAACUACAGAACACAUCCUUAUGACUUUUCAAAAGAAUUAAACCAUUGUAGUUUAAACAAAACCAUAUUGUAGAGGUUUGUAUUUAGCGCUUAUUUUUGCAUGUUGAUGUUGAUUAGCUAAUAAAAGAUUGUAAAUGUAAAACAUGUUAA